AUGGCGUCACUUCUCUCCACCACCACGCAAACCCCUCCAAACCACACAAAUAUUGCACAAGGCCUGUAUGCUGACCAGGUUAUUUUUCUUUCCUUCUCUGAGCUCCUGGCCAACAUGGACUUAACAUGGAUGGCGGAUUUUCUCAAGGGCAUGGUGAAGCCGCUGGCCGCGACGGUGGUGGUGCUGUUGGCGGUGGCCUUAUCCUUCAUGCAGAAGCUGGGUUUGGGUGGAGAGAUGAUUUACUCCAUUGCUAGGGCCUUUGUCCAGCUCUCCAUUAUUGGGUUUGUUCUGCAGUUCAUUUUCACUCGGGACAAUGCUGCUUGGAUCAUUCUGGCUUACCUUUUCAUGGUAACUGUGGCUGGUUACACAGCAGGCCAAAGGGCUAAGCAUGUCCCUAGAGGGAAGUAUGUUGCUGGGGCUUCCAUAUUGGCUGGAACCUCAGUCACAAUGCUCCUGCUUGUUUUGCUCAGAGUCUUCCCAUUCACUCCAAGAUAUAUCAUCCCUGUUGCAGGAAUGAUGGUAGGAAAUUCAAUGACAGUAACCGGGGUUACAAUGAAAAGACUUCGCGACGAUAUUCGAACUCAAAUGAAUCUGGUAGAGACGGCAUUGGCUCUCGGGGCCACCCCGCGCCAAGCAACACUUCAGCAGGUGAAGAGAGCUUUGGUAAUUUCCCUGUCUCCGGUUCUGGACAAUGCGAAAACCGUGGGUCUCAUCUCGCUUCCUGGUGCCAUGACGGGGCUUAUAAUGGGAGGAGCUUCUCCUCUGGAGGCCAUUCAGCUACAGAUUGUUGUGAUGAACUUUCUCAUUGGUGCAUCUACAGUUAGCAGCAUCUUGUCAACAUAUCUGUGUUGGCCUGCCUUCUUUACUAAAGCUUAUCAGUUAGAGACCAAGGUCUUCUCCUCAGAAUGA